UGUGUCAGGGGUGAACACCGUUAUCUUUCCUCCACCGCCUCUCUUCUCGGGCGGUAACUCCACCGGGAGAAGCUGCAGAUACAAUUAAGGAGCCACGCCUGUUGCUCUCUAAUUCCCCUGCAUCGCAGUACUUAUACUGCCCCUUCCUGGAGCAAAAGCUGUCUCCAGAGCUGCUUGUCCACAAAACUUCCCAUCCACUGGAGAAAAUUAUUUUUUCUUUAUUAUUUUAUUAUCGCGAGAGCGUACAUUAACGAGCCUGGUCCAGACUAUCACCCGCACUUUGUCCGGGGAAACAAGCACAAUAACAGCAAUGGAGUACCUCAAGUUUUGUUUUGUGUUUUCAUGCUGGCUGAAGUUUGCACAUUCUGUCUACUCUACUGAUACACCUCAAACUCCUGCGCCUAUUCCUAAAGAAAAAUUGCUCGUUCUAACAGUUGCAACAGAGGAAACAGAUGGCUUCCUCCGCUUCAUGCAGUCUGCAAACUAUUUCAAGUACAACGUGAAGGUGUUGGGAAUGGGAGAAGCGUGGAAGGGCGGUGACGUGGGACGUUCUAUCGGUGGAGGGCAAAAAGUCAGACUACUGAAGGAAGCCAUGGAGGCGCUGGCUGACCAGGAGGAUCUUGUCGUCCUUUCCGUGGAUAGCUAUGAUCUCAUCUUUGCUGGGGGACCAGAAGAGAUUCUCAGGAAGUUCCAGCAAGCCAAUCACAAGGUGCUUUUCGCUGCAGAGGGACUGAUAUGGCCGGAUAAGAAGCUAGCUGACAAGUACCCUUCAAUCCGCAGUGGCAAGCGCUACCUCAACUCUGGAGGUAUAAUGGGAUAUGCCCCAUACAUAAACAGAGUUGUUACCCAGUGGAACCUCCAUGACAAUGACGACGACCAGCUCUUCUACACCAAACUAUACGUGGAUCCUUUACAGCGACAAACUCUCAAUAUGACUUUGGACCACAAGUGCCAGAUUUUCCAGAGCCUGAAUGGAGCCGUUGACGAAGUGCUUCUCAAGUUUGGAACGGACCGCGUGAGAGUUAGAAACACAGUGUACGACUCUCUGCCAGUUAUUGUCCAUGGCAACGGAAACACCAAGAUGUACUUGAACUCCUUGGCCAACUAUGUCCCCGAUACAUGGAACUAUGAAAAUGGCUGUGGCCACUGUGAUGACGACGUGGUGGACUUGUCUCAGUUAAAAGAGUAUCCGAAUGUUUUGGUUGGCGUAUUCAUUGAGCAGCCGACCCCAUUUCUUCCUGAGUUCUUCCAGCGGCUGCUGACCCUGGAUUACCCUAAGGAUAAACUCAAAGUUUUUGUCCACAACAAUGAGGUUUACCAUGAAAAGCACAUCCAGAAGUUCUGGGAGGAGAACAGGAAUGUGUUCAAAAGUUUCAAGGUUGUGGGACCAGAAGAAAAUUUGAGCCAAGGAGAAGCCAGGAACAUGGGCAUGGACCUUUGCCGUAAGGAUGCCACGUGCGACUACUACUUCAGCAUGGAUUCAGAUGUGAUGCUCACCAACAGACAGACAGUGAAGCUCCUCAUUGAGCAGAACAGAAAAAUAAUUGGCCCCCUUGUCACCCGUCACGGCAAGCUGUGGUCCAACUUCUGGGGAGCCUUGAGUCUGGAUGGUUAUUACGCUCGCUCUGAAGAUUAUGUCGAUAUUGUGCAGAGAAAACGUGUGGGCAUGUGGAACAUUCCUUUCAUGGCACAUGUAUACCUCAUCAAGGGCAGUACCUUGAGGAAGGAACUGAAAGAGAGGAACUACUUUGUGCUCGAGAAGCUAGACCCAGAUAUGGCUUUGUGCAGAAAUGCCAGAGAAAUGACCAGUCACAGAGAAAAAGACUCCCCUUCUCCGGAAUCAUUCCAUAUGCUCAGGCCCCCAAAGGGAGUCUUCAUGUACAUAACAAACCGUCACGACUUUGGGAGGCUCAUUUCCACAGCAAAUUAUAACACUUCUCAUUACAACAGUGACUUGUGGCAGAUAUUUGAAAACCCUGUGGACUGGAAGGAGAAGUACAUCCACCAAAACUACACUCGAAUCUUCACCGAGAACUACAUGGAGGAGCCUUGUACAGAUGUGUUCUGGUUCCCAGUCUUCUCAGAGAAGGCCUGUGAUGAAAUAGUUGAGGAGAUGGAGCACCUCGGUUCCUGGUCUGGAGGCAAACAUGAGGACAAGCGGAUCUCCGGCGGCUAUGAGACCGUGCCGACGGACGACAUUCACAUGAAGCAAAUCGGCUAUGAAAAAGAGUGGCUGCACUUCAUCCGGGAGUUCAUUUCGCCCAUCACGUUAAAGGUUUUCUCUGGCUACUUCACUAAGGGUUACGCUGUAAUGAACUUCGUGGUGAAAUACACGCCUGAGAGGCAAGCGUACUUGAAGCCCCAUCAUGACUCCUCCACCUUCACCAUCAACAUCGCCCUCAAUAGCAAAGACACAGACUUUCAGGGUGGAGGUUGCCGUUUCCAUCGGUACAACUGCUCCAUAGACUCACCGAGGAAAGGCUGGAGCUUCAUGCACCCGGGACGACUGACUCACCUGCACGAAGGCCUGCCCACCACCAACGGCACCCGCUACAUCGCAGUGUCCUUCAUCGACCCUUGAACCAGUCGAUUAUACUGUAAAUCACUCUCUUGCCCUCGCUUUGCUUUUGUUUUGUAUUUUCACGUUUUGUGCCCUGGAUGUUUUGCUGAUACAAUUCUAUUUAAACAAGCAAAAGAAGAAAAAAAAGAAAAAGAAUGAAUCAUUGCAUCACAGGAAUCUCUGUCAAACAGAGUGUGGAGUGGAAAGGAAAGUAAUUCACAAUAUAGAUACACAAAGACAACUAUGCUAGCAGGGUACACAAUUGUGCCAAACUCCUAUUUAGUUUCAGAAUGAAAACCAACAUCCUGCCUGGAAUUAUUGGUACAGUAGCUGUCACACACACACACACACACUGGUAAAUUUGAUAGCCGCUAGCUGUACCACGACAGCAUGAGGAUGGCCGCUGUGUAUCUAUUUGUAUUUCAGGUAUUCAAAAGUUACGACUGGUGCUCAUCAACUUCCCCUGUGCCUGCAUCUGAGAUGUAUAUUUGGUGGAGUGUAAGUUUAAGUGGUUUUUUUUCUACCCUGAAACUGUUCAGAUUCUGAAGUUUGAUACGUGCCCCCAGAGAAAAAUAAAAUCUAUUUUUUUUUUGGAAUUUUGCACAGCAGAAAAACAGCAGCGUUCAAUAUGAAUUCUGUUUUAAUGAAGUUCAACACUCGGUUUUACUUGAAAGGUCCUUCUGUUUUGGAAAUUUGCAACUUUCUUUUGCUUUCCUCAAGACAUUUCUGCAAUAUUUCCGUCUGAGAGAUGUGUGUGUGAAUGGAUUUUGAAACUCAGCAAGUUGUUUAACUUAUUGUCAAAAUGUAAUAAAAGUCUUUAUAAAAAAGA